CCGCUGCUGGGCUGCCUGCCCUCCACGCAGGAGACGAGGGAUUUCACAACCCAGCCCAGACAGGAUUAAAGAGAAAUACACAAGUAAACAAAUCGCGGCCUCGUAACGCUGGACGUGCCGUGCGGGGAGUGGAUCCUCCAGGCCGUCAAACUGCCCCUGUCAGAGGAAAGGAGUUGCUUCCUGUUAUUUCCAUUGAAAUCCUUGUCCCGGUCGUUAGCCGGCAGGCUUUGGCAGGAUGGCACMGCGCGCRCACAUGAGCUCCGGCCGGCCGUCCCAAGGGCUCCUGCUGCUCUGGGUGCUCCUGGGGACUGGCCUUUGUCACACGGAAGAUGUGACAACGAGCUUCGAACAGGACACUGGGACCACCGGGACAGUCCCGCCCAUGGUGGGGAAUUACACCGACAUCACACGGCAUUGCUGGGAGUAUUUCGUCUACCUGAUGAGGAAUGUGGCAACGUCCGAAUUGUGCGAGUGGAAAGCCAUCAGCAAGCCCUACAGCGAGCUUCAGGGCUGCCUGGAGUUCUGGGCCGACCGCCUGAACUACAGCUACCCCAACGCGCUGGCAGAGCAGUACAUCUUCCAGAGCCAUCACCGCUACUUCCACAACUGCACCCUGGAGCACCCGGUGUACAGCGACCCGCCCGAAGAUGUGCUCUUGGCCAUGAUCAUCGCACCCAUCUGCCUCAUCCCCUUCCUCGUCACCCUGGUCAUCUGGCGCAGCAAGGACGGCAAGGCACAGGCCUAGAGCUGCCGCCCCGUCCCGCGUCGGCGCACGGACCCCCGGCACGCCCGGUGGGCUCUCGGGGCCACCAACCCGCGCUGCUGAGGCGGCCGGUUCCUCCUGCGCCUUCCCCAGCCCCGCGGCCCGGGAUUAAACGCUUAUUCCCCCA